CCCCCUCUUCUGUGACGUCACCGCUGUCUAAAAAAGCGCCCCGGCGGGCGGGCGGGCGACAGGGCGGGCAGCAGCCGCAGCCGGAGCAGGACGUGCCCCGCCGCCGACAUGGUGUCCCCCGUCACCGUGGUGAAGAGUGAAGGCCCCAAACUGGUGCCCUUCUUUAAAGCCACUUGUGUCUAUUUUGUCCUCUGGCUGCCAACUUCCAGCCCCUCCUGGUUCAGUGCCCUCAUCAAAUGUCUGCCCAUCUUCUGCCUGUGGGUUUUCCUUCUGGCUCAUGGAAUUAACUUCUUAGUGUCACACCGGAGCGCCAGCCGCAUCCUAGCGGGACUCAUAUUCUCGGCAGUGGGAGACGCCUUUCUCAUCUGGCAGGAGCAGGGCUACUUCAUUCAUGGUCUGCUGAUGUUUGCCAUCACACACAUCCUGUACUCUUCAGCCUUCGGCAUGAAGCCUUUGGACCUCAAAGCCGGCUUGUUGAUGGGCCUUGUUUCCAGUUCCUGUUAUGCCUUCCUGUACUCCUACCUCUCAGGCCCAUUCACCUACCUGGUAGCUGUCUACAUCGCCUUGAUUGGCUUCAUGGGCUGGCGAGCAGUCGCCGGUGUGCAGCUGUGCAACGACCUCUGGACAUGGACCAAGCUCUCGGCCUGCAUCGGCGCGAUGCUGUUCAUGGUGUCAGAUCUGACCAUUGCACUUAACAAGUUCUGCUUUCCUGUGCCCUACUCGCGCUUCAUCAUCAUGGCUACUUACUAUGCAGCCCAAAUGCUUAUUGCACUGUCAGCUGUAGAGAGCAGAGAUGAAGAGGACUUCAGAAAGAGAAGCUAGGUGGAGUGCCAAUAGUCUGUGAACAAUGUGGGUUAUAUCUCAGGUGCUGUAGCUGCAUUCACCCCUGAGAGAGAUCUCCAUUUCUCUAGGCACAUUGGUGAUGUUGAUUUUGCUUCUUUGAAGCGUUACCUUUGGGGCUUUUUUUUCAAUGGCUUUCUCUGAAUACAGCUUACUUCAGUGUGGAGUCCACAUCAGAAAGCUUAGACUGUCCCUGCAGUAGCUACUCAUUCAACUUUUCCUCCUUGGAAGUGCGGUACUACUGCAUUUUACUUGUUAGUCUUGAAACUGAUGCUGAAUGUCUGGGAAGAAGAGGGCUGAUGGAAAGGAGGUUUGGCCAUGCACUGUGCUAGAAGACUUGCUUUCAAUAGUAGGCAGACAGGCACAGAUGUCUGCUAAAGUCAUAGGUAAAAAUGAAUUUAACCCAUGUUUGUCUUUUUUUGUGCAUUACAAACUUAGUACACAAACUGGAGCUAUUGCCUCUGCUGAAAGGAACCCUGGAGGUGGAGUAAAAACAGAAAAUCCAGAUGAGGUCUGAGCUUUGGAGUCGGUGACAGCAUGUGGGGCAGCCCCCAGCAGAACCAGAAUGAAAGCAAAACGCCAAGCAGAGAGCACAGAGCAAGAGGUGCGCUGACAUGCAGUGCUGUGUGCUUUGAUCGCGGCUGAUCACUGCUCCAGGGUAGGUCUGUAAGUGCCUGUCAGCAUUGCCAUGUGUUCCAGAACUAGGAGUUUGGUGGGAUUUCGGGGACUUCUAAGUAGCCAGGCCAGUGCGUUCUCCCCUGCCAUGUGUGUGCAGUUGCACGCUGCCUGCAGCCACCAGUGACAGCUGACAUGACAUGGGCACGUGAGGAACUUUGGUUUUUACAUGUGUCAUACUAAUGUAUGUCCUAAUUGUCCUUAGUAUGGCAGACAGGAAUCUAACCUUUAUGCCUUUCUUCCUCAGUAUCCUAACAAAUAAUAUUCCAUAUACUCAUUAAGCAUUACAGUUCUGCUGUUUGCAGUAUCUCUUAAAUCUUUGUGUGAGCAUUUCCCGUGGUCAAGGCCCUGAUUUUAGAUGUAGAUUGUUGUUGUGUUUUGCCAGCUGGUGGUAAACGAUCAUCUUUGCACCACUUGUUUUUAGAAAGCCCCUUUUCAGCAGAGCUUCCUGAAAAGCACUGUCCUGUGUGUUCAGAGUGCCUGCUGCUUCCUUCUCAAACUCACAUGGACACAGUGAGAGUGUGAGAGCCAUCAGGGCUGGGAAAGCCUGUUUAAUUCUGAUGCAGAUUCUUUGGUUGGUUUGUCUGCCCAUCUGCUGAAGCAGGAUUACUUCUGACUUCAGACUUUUAAAAAGAAUAGGAAGAGGUUGCCCUGAUUUUUGUCCAAGUUCAUUUGUGAUCGUAUGUAUAUUUUUCCUCUUAUUUAGGAUAUCUAACAGCAAGCUCUGUUUCUGUUUGAAACUAUCAUCUUGAAUGUGCUUCUUCCUUCUGUCUGUCGUACUGCUGCUCCCAUGAGCUGAGAUACUUCCCCAAUGGCUUGUUUUAAGAGACGAGCGCACUCAGGUGUGCAAAGGAAGCUUGCUGAGGGUUUCUGCACCUCUUCAAACCUACAAUCAAAAAAGACUGCACAACUGAAACCUAUGCAUGCCCCAACAACCCUCGGACACAUUCACAGUAGGGGCAGCCCUCCAGAACCAGCCUCGUGGGCUGAAAAUCACCGCGGUCUCCAUACCUAGCGUGCCCAGACCAUUCCAGGCGAAAGCCUGGCAACGAGUCCCUGGCACAGUCGGCAGAGAAGGAAUUCCUCUUUGCGAGGAGUGCAGCAGGGUCAGGGGGCAGCUGAGGCUACCAACCCGCUAGCUUUUCCCUUGGCGUUGAGAGGUGCUAAAGUGGGUCUCCUGCUCCUCCCCAGCCUCGUGUGGUGGGACUGAGUGCGGAAUAGGCAUUACCUCCCCAUGACUUCUGCAUCAGUGCAUAUGCAGCCAGUAUUACGAAAAUCUAGGUUAACCGUCCUGACCCCAUGGAGUCAUCUGCUGCUUUUCAGACAGAGAUCAGAGAGGUCAGCUGCAUUAUUGAGAGGGAAAGCAUUGUAAAUAGCACAGCCCCAUGUAAUCUCUUCCCUUUAAUGCUCUUGUGUAAUAUUGUCAGCAUUCAUUCACUGGCACACUGGGGCCUGUCUGGAGUAAACUGCUAAGGGAAUUUAGAGCCAUAAAACAUCUUCAUUCAUCAGCAUUGCUUAUCUCCUGGCCAGAGCUUGAACCCUGCAGUGUAGCUCUCUGCGGAUGUCACCUGCUGUUACUCAGCGUGAUUGUUUGCAAAUCUCUUCCUGCAACAGACUGACCCAGCUAAAAGGAAAUCUAAGCAUUUGGGGUGAACCUCACUGUCCUCCCAGCAUGUCAUCAAACAGCACAUUUCAGUCUGAUUUACAGUUCCUUGUCAUGGGUCAGUCCAGCACACUCGGUCCUUAGUUGGCAGUUCUUCAGAGGAGCCCCCCACACCCCGAGCUUCCCUUUGCUUUGAGGAAAAUACCUGUGUGAUUUAAAUUUAUUUAAAUUUUUUUUUUAUUUUUUAUUUUAUUUAAAAGUUGGAAUUUAUAUUAUCUCUUUCUUCCCCUCUAGAAAUGUGUAGCCUUCAACGUCCUGAAGAUGGCCAAUUUGCUUUUCUGUGUGCUUUUUCAUUGUGGUUUGCUUUGUUAUCCUGCUCCAUCAGCCACUGGAUGUUUACAGAAAAGGAUCUUUUCAGUGUUAUUAGGAGGUGCAGUUUCUAGUGGCAGAAGUCUCUGGAUGGUGGUAGCUGGGACAGCAGAAACAUGUGCAGCCCAAGUGGGCUGUUGUUCUCUUGCUGUCCCCUCACCUGGAGCGGACUGGAACGCAUCUUGGCCAGCCAUGCUGGCUCCAUCCCAGUGCUGCAAUGGCUUCAGCUUUUCCCAGGAACGUGAGGCAGAACCCUCAGCAUACAAAGUCAGGGAGAGUUCUGGCUGGCUCAGUGGUAUGCCAGUGAAGGCUCUCAAUUGUCAAAAUCUCUCUCCUGCUCUGCAUUCCUCCUUUUAAUCCAUAUUACUUGAAUAAGACCAUUUUCCUGGAGGCUCCUUCCUGCUGGGAAGAAACCAGCUGCUGCAGACACUGAUUUGACACAAUUCUUAGUUUCAUGAACCCUAAGAAACACUAAGCAGUUGCUGACAAUCUGUUAAAUAUCUUUUCCUGGGAUUAAAACUGUUCCCUCAACCCCAGCGAGGGCAAUCUUCACUUUGAAAGGGAGCAAACCUUCCCCAAGAAGUGGGAAUUACAUGACUGUCUGUGGCACUGCCUUUGAGGACCUUCUUGUUGUCCCUUUGCACUGUAAAACUGCGAGGUUUGAUCCAUUCUUCUCCUUUUCAGAGGUACAGUCUUUGAGAAGCACCCUGUCUUUGGCCCAGUGACAUUACAGAGGGAACGAAGCACCCCAGUGAUGUAGCGUGCCUGGCCCCAGCAGUAUCAGCUCCUUUGCUUGCUAAGUACAGAAGCUUUCUUUUCACACUGCUGUAUUCAAACACCACUCUGCAAUGAGGUUACACACAUGGUCUGAUUACCUUUGCUCUCUUUCCUUUCUGUAGUUAUCACCUUCCUGGAGAUCCUUUGGCUCCUUAUUUGGACAUAUAAACCAUGUAGCACAUUUAUUUCUUGUAUUUCUUUCUGUAGAUAGAUCCUCCUUACACAGAACUCCCAAUGAAGUCAAAGAAGCAAUGCUAAUUGCAAAUGGUUUUUAAAUGCUAGCAAAGCUUCUGGGCUGUGCCAGUCACACUGAUGUCAUCAGGGUGAAGCUGGUGUAGGAAUGGCGGGUUGGAAGAACAAAGCCAGAGGAUUUUAACAGCUUUACUCCUACUCUACCAAGAAAACUGUAUUCGUGCUUAAUACCUGGCUUCUUACUUCUCCAUACUGAGGCAACUCUAAGACCGAUUGGUUUAAGAAUUACUCUAACAUGGCUAGAUUCUAGAUUGCUGAAGGUUUCACGUUGUAAUCAGUGGAGGUAAUCUACAUAUUUUUACACAAAUAUAUAAAAUUCCUAGGACAAACUUUGCAGAAUUUUGUAGCGGAUCUUCAAAGUUUUCCAGGCGCAUAGUUUGACACUAACACCUGUUUGUUUUCAGCUUUCUAUCAUGGUAAUUUUUGGAGAUGUUCUGGAAAAAGCAGAUCAAAGCAAACAGCAACUGUAAAGCGCAGUGGCAGGUGCCUCUUUCUCUUUGCUUCAUCUCUGGAUGCAGACAGGGGCUCUUUUAAGCAGAGGCAUCAUAACCGUGUUCUUGGAAGAGGAUGGGAAGUUGCUGACUUCUCAUGACAGAAGUCCUUCUGGGUACUUCUCCUGCCUUUUAUCCAUGGUUGCUCCUUUUGUGGCCUUGGGUAAGUCACUUAAAUUUUCUGGGGCCAGGUCCUCAUCUGGUGUAAAAAGGCACAAGUGUCUGAGGGCCAGUGCUAUGCCAAGUUACAACAGCAGAGGACCAGGCCCUCACCCCAUUUCUAAGAGAGGAUAUUAGCACUUACCUACCUCACAAGGAUGCUGUGAGGAUUAAUGCUCAUACAGCACUUCAAAGAUGUAAAGCGCUAUAUAAUUCCCAAGUAUUAUUCUACCUUAGUGUUAAAAAUGCUUUUAGGGAUCUGCAGGACUUCUCUUAAAGCAUGUGAAUGUGUGACUGCCUUUUCAAUUUGCAUCAGAUGGAAAGCAAACGCAAAAUAUUUAUUCAUACUGGUUAACAGGAUGGGCUCAGCUGCACUCGAGCUCUGAGGAGGUUUUAGCUUAAAAGUCUGAACUCUGAUUUCACUUUUGAAAAUGGUUUUUAGUUCUUCUAAAAGCCUCAACCAAAUUCUUAGAUUUGAACCUUGCAGCCUGACUGUUAGCUAGAAUAAAUCUAAUCCAGCCAAAACACAGUGCUGUCACAGUCCACUAUGGCUGUUGAAAAUACUGGAACAGAAAAUGAAGGCAUUCUGUUCAACCUUCAUUCUGCAGAAGGUCAGCUAGGUUUCAUGGGACAACUUGCAAAGGGAUGUUUAAUUUCUGUGAUUGUGAGGUUUACUGGCUUUAAAAUCGGCAGAGAGGGAAGGCCUUAAUGGAAUCAAUAAGGUUGGCACAUACUUACUGAAUUGCUUCCUUUUCACCUGAAUCAAAGAAACAGCAGGUUCUGUAGCAAUGGAAGUGCUUGUACCACCAGUCCUAGUGCCCAGAACAAAAGCUGAUCUAGAAACACAGUUCUAAACCAUCACCAUGUUCUCAACUAGUAUAAAACUCUCCCGGUUCACUGAUUUCACAUCUGGACCACAGCUAGAAACUACUUAGUUCUGGUAGCACUAGCUGCUGUACAAACACAAAUGAAGGCAAGGAAUUCCUCACACCAAGGAACGUGAGCUGUGCACAUGUGAAAUGGACCACGAUUUUGAAGCAGCUGCAGUAAAAUCUUAUCUUAAUAUGAACUCAAAAGCAAACACAAUGCAAAUUUUUGUGGUUUCUUUAAUAUGUUUGAUGGGUUUUAGUUUUCUUAGUUUGGAGGAAAUUUUCUUAAUGUUAUUUUAUUUUUGCUCUUAUUGUAAAGAAUAAAAAUAUACAACUCUACAAAGACUACAAAUGAAAAAAGGUGGCCAGUUGGCAGGAAUGCCAAAACUUCUGUGGCUUGUAUUGUUUCUGUGGUGACACUAUGCUGCUGUAGGAUGAGCCACGGGAGUGGUGUGGUGGCUCAACAGCAAGGCUAAAGCACAAGGCCAGUCUCAUAUAAGAGGGAUGCAGGGGUUGAGCACCAAGACUGCAGUGGGAGCAUGACUGGGCCAAUUCAGAUCAGUCAAAAGUCAGAGAGAGCACCUGGAAGUAAAAGAAACCUUUUCCUGACAGAUUAAAAGCAAGAAAACAAAGCCAGCCCGUUGGGUGACGGUGCUGAAUCAGUACAAACACACAGAUCUAGACCUUGCUCGUGCAAGCUCCUGCUGGACCAAGC